UUACAAAAAUGUUAUUUCCCGAUAUGAUGAAGGCUCUGCUAACCGUUUUCAUUGUCGGAAUUCUCGUCGGUUCGGUGUCGAUAGGGGCUCAGACAGUGCCUGAUAUUGUGACAGAUCAAUUCUUUGAUGGGAUAAAGUCUCAAUCAGAUCCAGGUUGUGAAGGGAGGAGCUUUUAUACAAGGGCUUCAUUUAUUGAGGCUUUCAAUUCAUUUUCUCAAUUCGGUACGGCUGACGAUACUAGGCGUGAGGUUGCGGCUUUCUUUGCUCAUGUCACACAUGAAACUGGAAAUCUUUGCUACAUAAAUGAGAUAGCUGGUCCAAGCUUCCCCAACAGCCAGUACUGUGAUCCGACCAACUUUCCGUGCAACCCCGACAAAAACUACUACGGUCGCGGUCCGCUCCAACUAACCUGGAACUACAACUACAUACAAGCCGGGCAGAACAUCGGGUUCGAUGGACUAAACUCGCCCGAAACCGUGGCCAAUGACCCUGUUAUCGCCUUCAAGGCGGCCUUCUGGUUUUGGGUGAACAAUGUUCAACAAGUCCUAGGCCAAGGGUUUGGGGCGACGAUUCGAGCCAUUAACGGGGUUAUCGAGUGCGACGGAGGGAAUCCACCGGCAGUGGAGGCUCGGGUCGGGUACUAUAUAAAUUAUUGCAGCCAGCUCGGUGUUGAUCCUGGACCUAAUCUUAGGUGCUAGAAUUUUACUUUCGGU